AUGGCUAAAGCUGCAUCUACAAAACCCAAGUACGAGUUUGGCGGGCCCCCUGGUGCUGCUGCCAUCGUCUUCGGCCUGCCAAUCCUCUUGUACGCCUUCUUCUUCACCUGUAAUGAUGUAACUGGCUGUCCGGCACCUGCGCUCUUAAACUUGCGCACACUCUCGUGGGAGACGCUAAAGUCUCAAAUCCCCUGGCCGGAAAAUGGCAUUCGUGGCUUUGCUUCUUGGGAGGCAACUCUCUGGAUGAUGGGAUACUAUUUGCUAAGCUUGGCAUUGUAUCGAAUUCUUCCGGCUACAGAGGUAUACGGCACCAAGUUGCGAGAGUCGGGGCGACCCCUGAAAUAUCGGUUCAACGCAUUCUCGUCUACUGUGGUUCAACUAGGAGCAUGCGCUGUGGGAACAUUCAUCUACGGCGCAGACUUUGCCGUCUGGACCUUCAUUGACAGAAACUACCUGCAGCUCCUAACCGCCAACAUCAUCUUUGCGUACGCCGUCUCCCUGUUCGUCUACGUCCGAAGCUUCACUGUCAAAUCCGGCAACGAGGACUUGCGAGAACUAGCUCAGGGAGGUCACACCGGAAGCAUCAUCUACGACUUCUACAUCGGUCGCGAACUAAACCCGCGCAUCACGCUUCCUUUCUUCGGCGAAAUCGACUUGAAGGCCUGGCUUGAGAUGCGCCCUGGUCUGACCGGAUGGGCAAUCCUCGACCUUGCCUUUAUCGCCAAGCAGUACCGCAACUAUGGAUACCUCUCCAAUAGCAUCCUCUUCAUCAGUGCCGUUCAGUUGUACUACGUGCUCGAGGGACAGUACGCCGAGACAGGUCUCCUCGGAAUGAUGGACAUCACAACCGACGGCCUAGGCUUCAUGCUCACAUUCGGUGACAUUGUAUGGGUUCCCUUCCUAUACUCCACCCAAUGUCGCUACCUGUCCAUCUACCCCGUCCAACUGACCUGGCCGGGCAUCGCCGCCGUCGGCGUAGCAUUCGCCAUCGGCCUCUUCAUCUUCCGCUCGUCAAACAACCAAAAGGCACUGUUCCGAAAGUCUCCAGACGACCCCAGAGUCGCCAACAUGUCGUACAUACAAACAAAACGCGGCACUCGACUCCUCACAUCCGGCUGGUGGGGAAUGGCUCGCCAUAUCAACUACUUCGGAGACUGGCUGCAAGCCUCGCCGUUCAGCUUGCCAACCGGUAUUGCAGGCUACAUGAUCCUCCCGGCGGGGAGUGCCAUCGCCACGGCCGGUGCCGGGGGAUUCACCAUGGUUGAUGGUCGGGGUGUUGUGCAGGGUGCGGCUCGGGGAUGGGGAAUGGUGUACACGUAUUUCUACGCGUUGUACUUUGCCACUUUGCUGAUUCACCGUGAGGGCAGGGAUGAUGUCGCGUGUGGUGAAAAGUAUGGCGAUGACUGGGAAGAGUAUAAGAAGCAGGUGAAAUGGCGCAUCUUGCCUGGUGUUUACUAG